AUGGCAAACUCAACACAGGGCAACAGGGACCUUCCCAGUGCAGAGCUCUGGGCCUCCCAUAACAGGAUGGUAAUGGAGCCGCUUGACAGCAAUGACCCGGAGGUGCACAGCAUCAUCAAGAAGGAGAAGCAGCGGCAGAGGCUGGGGCUGGAGCUAAUUGCGUCGGAGAACUUUGCCAGCCGAGCAGUCCUGGAGGCCCUGGGAUCCUGCAUGAACAACAAAUACUCCGAGGGCUACCCAGGACAGAGGUACUACGGCGGGACGGAGUUCGUAGAUGAGCUGGAAAGGCUGUGCCAGAAGCGAGCCCUGCAGGCCUACCAGCUCGACCCCCAGAAGUGGGGUGUCAACGUCCAGCCUUACUCAGGGUCACCCGCAAAUUUUGCGGUGUACACGGCCCUGGUGGAGCCCCACGGCAGGAUCAUGGGGCUGGACCUGCCCGAUGGGGGCCACCUCACCCACGGCUUCAUGACAGACAAGAAGAAGAUCUCUGCCACCUCCGUCUUCUUCGAGUCCAUGCCCUAUAAGGUCAACCCCAAGACCGGCUACAUCGACUACGACCAACUGGAGGAGAACGCCCGCCUCUUCCACCCCAAGCUGAUCAUAGCAGGGGUCAGCUGCUACUCGCGCAACCUGGACUAUGCCCGCAUGCGGAAGAUUGCUGACGCCAACAGCGCUUAUCUCAUGGCCGACAUGGCCCACAUCAGCGGGCUGGUGGCUGCCGGCGUGGUGCCCUCCCCCUUCGACUACUGCGACAUCGUCUCCACCACCACCCACAAGACCUUGCGGGGCUGCAGGGCCGGCAUGAUCUUCUACCGCAAAGGGACCCGCAGCGUGGACCCCAAGACAGGCAAGGAAACCCUCUACAACCUGGAGAGCCUCAUCAACCAGGCGGUCUUCCCCGGGCUGCAGGGAGGCCCGCACAACCACGCCAUUGCAGGGGUCGCCGUGGCACUGCGGCAGGCCAUGACGCCCGAGUUCAAGGCCUACCAGCAGCAGGUGGUGGCGAACUGCAAGGCCCUUUCGGCGGCGCUGAUGGAGCUGGGCUACGACAUCGUCACGGGGGGCUCCGACAACCACCUGAUUCUCCUGGACCGGCGCAACAGAGGCACGGACGGCGGUCGGGCCGAGCGGGUGCUGGAGAUCUGCUCCAUCGCUUGCAACAAGAACACGUGCCCCGGUGAUGUCAGCGCCCUGCGCCCCAGCGGCCUGCGGUUUGGGACCCCGGCGCUCACCUCCCGCGGCUUCCAGCAGGAUGACUUCCGCAUGGUGGCCCAGUACAUCCACAGAGGGAUCGAGCUGACGCUGCGUGUGCAGAAGGACAUGAGUCCCAAGGCCACGCUGAAGGAAUUCAAGGAAAAACUGGAGGAGGAGAAAUAUCAGAGGGAGCUGAAGGCACUGAAGCAAGAGGUGGAAGCCUUCGCAGCGACCUUCCCACUCCCGGGGCUGCCUGUCCUCUAA